AUGUGGGUUUGGAGCCAUGGUGAAGCGACUUACCAUCUAUUCCCUUCGGAAUUCAUCAUAGGCCGUGAUAAGAGUCACGUUCUCAACAUGGAUGGAAAAUCCAUCAGCCGGAAUCAUGUUCAGCUUAUCAUUGACAAGGACGACUCGAAAUGUGAAAUUGUCAGCAUCAAGAAGCCUCGAAUCGACACAGGUGUGUAUGUCAACGGACUGCAGCUGAAAUCUGAGGAGCGAUUCUCGAUACACAGAAGCACGACUUACAGGGUUCAAGUGGGGCGAAAGGAGGACUCAUAUUUCACAUUGAAAUGGCGACCGCUAUCGUUUUCGUACCAUGAAGAUGAGGAGGAGACACUAUUAAAUGAGAUUAUCAAGGGGUCUGAUAUUAGGAUGCAACGAUACUUUUCAGAAGACACGACUCAUUAUGUUAAGGGGAAGAAGAACUCCUCCAAGCUGCUCCUGGCUAUGAUCAAGGGGGUGUAUGUGGUGGGACAACAAUUUCUCAAUGAGCUUCUCAAUCGCAAGAACGAAGGACUGGCUGUGAUCUGGCCUGAUGAGAGCGACUACGUGCCCGAACCUGAACUGGCAAUCGACACAAGCCGAAUCCAGCUCUGGGCUGGCAUGACAUUUGCUUUUUCAGACCGACAGCAGCUAGAAAUGCUGGGUCCUGUCAUCACAGAAGGUGAUGGAAAGGCUAUAUGCCUGUAUUUAGAGGAUGACACCUCCACGACCAGGACUAUUGUGGACGAUUUACAGAGACAUGCGGGCAAGAAGGUUGUGGUACGUUCUCACGAGAAGAAGUAUCAACAGAUUAUUAUGGAUGCUAUGGGAGAAUUGGCUAAUAAGGACAUCAUUGUGAUCGACGCAGCUGACUUGCUACCUGCUGUGAAAGAGUGUAACCCUAGCAUCCUGUGGCACAAGGCUCAGUCGUUGUCUAAAAACAUUCCAAGACCAAAAGUUGAACGACUAGACACUGUGCUAAUGCCUCCAGAAGAACCAGAGAAUAAGAAGCCUUCCAAACCUGCCUCUCGCCCUGCUGUGAACAGAGUCAAGCGAGCACCUCCAAAACAGAUGGAUCUGCUGAAUUUCUUUGUUAAGGAAGAGACUGAUUCCCCUCCACAACCAGAAAUUACUAGCUCGCAAGAUAAGCAAAGUCAACCUCCUUCUUCUAAAGGAUCUUCGCAGAGGCGACCUUUAAAACAGAGAGCUCGGGUGGAGCCCAUAGACAACCUCCUUCUAUUCCAACAACCCCUGAAGAGGCAGAAGGUUGACAACAAUGCUGAAACGGAGGGGAAAGAGACAGCCGAUUCAGCUGAGGAGUUGGUGAUUGAUGAUGCAGACAUCGUCAUGGAUAAUAUCGAUCUGCACGAAGAGUCGCUUAUUUCCGAAGCUGCUCCACAAAACACCCAUAAACCCGUCGACUUUUCAUCAGCUGUCCAGAACAUCAAAUCAGAACACGCCAAGGAGGAGGAGGCGAAUCUAGACACCGAAUCUUUGGCCCAGCUUUCUAUUGAAGUCAAGGAAGGAUCUAUUGCUGUCCGAAGACCACCACCUUUGCAAGCUACUCGAAUGAUGUCUGUUGUUAACGCGGCAAGAUAUGACGGUCGCAGAAACUUUAAGAAAUUCAAAAAGCAGCUUCCUGGCUACGCCGAGAAUACGACCCAUGGGUCGUUUUCGCGAUUCGACAGGCGAUUCGUGGCACUGGUUCCUGAUAAACCUGCGCAAUCUGAUCAAACAUCAAUCGAUGACAUGCUCCAUGCAGGGGAAAACUUGACGGACAGAAGAAUCCGAAUUCUACGCGAAAGAGGCGAGCCUCAGAAGAAGUAUCGGGCAUUGGAUGAUGAUGGAGAGGAUGGUGCUGAGGAGGCUGAUGAUGACGACCUGUUCUUGAAAGACUCCGAGCCUGAAGAGGAGUCGGAGGUUCAGACAUCUCAUGCUGCAAUAACUAUCGAUGAUGAUAGCGAAGACGAAACCGCCUUCAAGUUUUCUAAGUGA